AUGAAGAGUCUUCCUUUCUCCUACUGCUUUAUCUCUUUCAUCUUUUUUGCAAGCAUUAACUUGUUAUUAGCAGCUGAUAACAUCACUCCUGAUGUAUCCAUCCAGGAUGGUGAGACAUUGAUUUCUUCAGCCCAAAGGUUUGAACUUGGCUUCUUCUCUCCUGGAAAAUCGAAAAACAGGUACCUGGGAAUAUGGUACAAGAAGAGUCCUGAAACAGUUGUCUGGGUUGCCAAUAGAAACAAUCCUAUCCUCGAUAGCAAUGGAGUUUUAUCCAUUAGUGAAAAUGGAAAUCUUGUUCUGCUCAGCAACACAAAGAGCAUUGUCUGGUCUUCAAACAUUUCUGUGAAUGUAGAAAAUCCAGUGGCACAGCUCUUAGAUACUGGAAACUUUGUUCUUAUGGACAAUUUUUCCAGAAACUCUUCUGAAAACUAUCUAUGGCAGAGCUUUGACUACCCAUCGGAUAUACAAUUACCUGGCAUGAAGUUGGGAUGGAACUUAAAGACUGGUCUAGAACGCUAUCUAACUUCUUGGAAAAGUGCCGAUGAUCCAUCCUCCGGAGACUUUACUUUCAGAUUUGAUAUCAAUUAUUUUUUACCUGAAUUAGUAAUCUACAGGGGAUCAAUGAAGAUGGCCCGUAGUGGACCAUGGAAUGGAGUUUUCUUUGGAGGCGUUCCUUCAAGUCCAAGUUUGAUCUUUCAGCUAGUUAUGGUGCAUAAUCAGGAUGAGUAUUCUUACUGGUAUGAGUCUUUCAACAAUCCGGUCGUCAUGCUUGCAAAACUAAAUCAAUCUGGAAUGAAGCAGUGGCAAAUAUGGAACGAGAGGAGCCAUAAAUGGGAUCUCGUGUACUCAGCCCCAGAAGAUGAGUGUGGACAUUAUGGGCAUUGUGGUGCUAAUACUGUUUGUUGCGUUAAAAAGACACCUAUCUGCGAGUGUUUGAAGGGGUUCAAACCCAAUUCACAAUACAACCAGACUUCUUCUAAAGGAUGCGUGAGAAGUUCCUCAUUGGAUUGUGAAGGCGGAGACAGGUUUACAAAGGUUGAAGGGAUUAAAUUGCCUGACUUGAUAGAUGUUUCACUGAAUGAGAGUAUGAGUCUUAAGGAAUGUCAGGCCAAAUGCUUUAGUAACUGUUCUUGUACAGCUUAUACUAAUUCCAAUGCAACUGGAGGAGGCAGUGGCUGCUUGAUGUGGUUUGGGGAUCUGAUUGAUAUCAGAACGGUGGCUGAAAACAGAGGGACACAAGAUAUCUAUUUAAGAGUGCUUGCUUCUGAGCUAGAGACAAAGACAAGCAGCAGGACUUCAGCAGAUCAAGAAGUUAACAAGAAUAAAGGAAACAGUAAGCAACUAUGCAAAAUUGUCAUACCAAUAGCGUCUCUAACAAUCGCUAUUCUUGUCAUCAUUAUUCAUUACUGGUCGAGAAAUCGUAGAAGGAAAGAGGAGGAUCUGUUGCUAUUUGAUACAGGUUUGGGCAAAAAAUCUGAUGAUUUGGAGCUCACUGAAGUAAAAAAGCUUGGAAACAAUAGGAGAAAAGAAGUUGAAUUGCCAUUAUUCAGCUUUGUUAGUGUUUCUGCUGCAACUGAUAAUUUCUCAGUCACCAAUAAACUUGGUGAGGGAGGUUUUGGACCUGUUUAUAAGGGAACCCUACUGAAAGGGGAUAAAGUAGCUGUGAAAAGGCUUUCAAAAGCAUCGGGACAAGGAUGGGAGGAAUUAAAAAAUGAAGCAGUUCUGAUAGCCAAGCUCCAGCACAAGAAUCUUGUUAGACUGUGGGGCUGCUGGAUUGAACUAGAUGAAAAGAUACUCAUCUAUGAGUACAUGCCGAAUAAGAGCUUGGAUUUCUUCCUCUUUGAUCCUACAAAAAGCAGGUUAUUAGACUGGAGGACACGUGUUCAGAUCAUUGAAGGGAUUGCUCAAGGGCUUCUCUAUCUUCAUGAAUACUCUAUCAUGCGAAUCAUUCAUAGGGAUUUGAAGGCUAGCAAUAUUUUGUUGGACAAAGACAUGAAUCCUAAAAUCUCUGAUUUUGGCAUGGCAAGAAUAUUUGGAGAGGAUGAGUUACAAGCAAAAACAAGACGGAUUGUUGGAACAUAUGGAUAUAUGUCCCCAGAGUAUGCCCUUGAAGGUGUCUUCUCCAUAAAAUCUGAUGUCUUCAGCUUUGGAGUGUUGUUGCUUGAAAUUAUUAGUAGCAAGAAGAAUACUGGCUUUUAUCAGACUGAUUCUCUCAAUCUUCUAAGUUAUGCAUGGGAUAUUUGGACUAGUGGCAGGGGACUGAACCUGAUGGAUCCAGAAUUAGAAGAUGAAUCCUCAGAGCUUAUAGUGGCAAGAUAUGUAAACAUAGGGCUGCUUUGUGUUCAAGAAAGAGCAGAAGAUAGGCCUACCAUGUCUCAAGUCGUCUCAAUGCUUACGAACCAAAGUGCAGUAUUGCAUUCUCCAAAAGAACCUGCAUUUUCAAAUGUAAGAAGUUCCAAAAGUUUAGAGUCAUAUAGCAUUGAGUCAGAGAAAUACUCUGUGAAUAAUCUAACUGUUACAGUUAUGGAAGCUCGUUGGUUCAGCAGUGUAUCAAUGAAGAGCUUUCCUUUCUCCUACUGCUUUAGCUCUUUCAUCUUUUUCGCGAGCAUUAACUUGUUAUUAGCAGCUGAUAACAUCACUCCAGAAGUAUCCAUCCAGGAUGGUGAGACAUUGAUUUCCUCAGCUCAAAGGUUUGAGCUUGGCUUCUUCUCUCCUGGAAAUUCGAAAAACAGGUACCUGGGAAUAUGGUACAAAAAGAGUCCUGAAACAGUUGUCUGGGUUGCAAACAGGAACAACCCUAUUCUCGAAAGCAAUGGAGUUUUAUCCAUUAGUGAAAGCGGAAACCUUGUUCUUCUCAGCAAAAAUAAGAGAAUCGUCUUGUCUUCAAACAUUUCUGUAAAUGUAGAACAUCCAGUGGCACGGCUCUUAGAUACUGGAAACUUUGUUAUUAUGGAUAACUUUACCGGGAAUGGUUCUCAAAACUAUCAAUGGCAGAGCUUUGACUACCCAUCAGAUAUACAGUUACCUGGCAUGAAGUUGGGGUGGAAUUUAAAGACUGGUCUAGAACGUUAUCUAACUUCAUGGAAAAGUGCUGAUGAUCCAUCAACCGGAGACUUUACUUUCAGAUUUGACAUUAAUUAUUUGUUACCUGAAUUGGUGAUCUACAGGGGAUCAAGCAAGAUUGCCCGGAGUGGACCAUGGAAUGGAGUUUACUUUGGAGGCAUUCCCACAAAUCCAAAUUUGGUCUUUGAGAUAAUUAUGGUGCAUAAUGAGAGUGAGUACUCUUACUGGUACGAGCCUUUCAACAAUCCGCUCGUCAUGCUAGUAAAACUAAAUCAGUCUGGAAUGAAACAGUGGCAAAUGUGGAACGAGAAAAGUAAUGGAUGGGAUCUCGCGUACUCAGCCCCAGAAGAUGUGUGUGGACAUUACGAGCAUUGUGGUGCUAAUACUGUUUGUAGCAUUAACAAGACACCUAUUUGCGAGUGUUUGAAGGGGUUCAAACCCAAUUCACAAUACGACCAGACUUCUCAAGGAUGCGUGAGAAGUCUGCCAUUGGAUUGUGAAGGCGGAGACGGGUUUAUAAAGGUUGAUAAUAUUAAAUUGCCUGACUUGAUAGAUGUUUCACUGAAUGAGAGUAUGAGUCUAAAGGAAUGUGAGACCAAGUGCUUGAGUAAUUGUUCCUGUAAAGCUUAUACCAAUUCAAAUGCAACAGGAGGAGGCAGUGGCUGUUUGAUGUGGUUUGGGGACCUAAUUGAUAUCAGAAAGCUUGUUCAGAACAGAGAGUCACAGGACUUCUACUUACGAGUGCCUGCUUCAGAACUGAAGACAAACUCUUCAACGGAUAUAGAAGAUAACAAGAAUAAAGGAAACAGAAAGCCAGUAUGGAUGAUUGUCAUACCAAUAUUGUCCAUGACAAUGGUCAUUUUAGGCUUCAUUAUUCAUUAUGUAAGGAGAAAGCAUAGAAGGAAAGGGGAGGAUCUGUUGCUAUUUGAUAUGCAUUCAGGCCAAAAAUCUGAUGAUUUGGAGCUUACUGAAGUAAAGAAGCUUGGAAAAAAUAGUAGAAAAGAAGUUAAAUUGCCAUUAUUCAGCUUUGCCAGUGUUUCUGCUGCAACAGAUAAUUUCUCAGCCACAAAUAAGCUUGGUGAGGGUGGUUUCGGAACUGUUUACAAGGGAACACUACUGAAAGGGGAUCAAAUAGCUGUGAAAAGGCUUUCAAGAAGAUCUGGACAAGGAUGGGAGGAAUUAAAAAAUGAAGCAAUGCUCAUAGCCAAGCUCCAACACAAGAAUCUUGUUAAAGUUCUGGGCUGCUGCAUUGAACAAGAUGAAAAGAUACUGAUCUAUGAGUACAUGCCAAAUAAAAGCUUGGAUUUCUUCCUCUUUGAUCCAGUGAAACGGAAGCUACUAGACUGGAAGACACGUGUUCGGAUCAUUGAAGGGAUUGCACAAGGACUUCUUUAUCUUCACGAAUACUCUAUAAUGCGAAUUAUUCAUAGGGAUUUGAAGGUUAGCAAUAUUUUGUUGGAUAAAGACAUGAAUCCUAAAAUUUCUGACUUUGGAAUUGCAAGAAUAUUUCGAGGGAAUGAGUUACAAGCAAUUACAAGACAAAUUGUUGGAACUUAUGGAUAUAUGUCCCCUGAAUAUGCCCUUCAAGGCAUCUUCUCGAUAAAAUCUGAUGUCUUUAGCUUCGGAGUGCUGUUACUAGAGAUUGUUACUGGCAAGAAGAAUACUGGUUUUUAUCAGACUGACACUCUCAAUCUUCUAAGUUAUGCAUGGGAUAUGUGGACCAGUGACAGGGGAUUCAAGUUGAUGGAUCCAGAAUUAGAAGACGAAUCCUCCGUGAUUGUGCUACUAAGGUAUGUUAACAUUGGGCUGCUUUGCGUUCAAGAGAGUGCAAAAGAUAGACCUACCAUGCGUGAAGUCGUCUCAAUGCUUAUGAACCAAAGUGCAGUUUUGUCUUCUCCAAAACAACCUGCAUUCUCAUAUGUAAGAAGUUGCAGAAGUGUAAAAUCAUAUACUAGUGGGUCAGAGAUGAAUAAUGUAACUCUUACAACUUUGGAAGCUCGUUAAUUUAAUGGAUUGCUUUGUGAUUGUAUACUUGUAAUUAAAUGAAAUUGCUAUACAUAUAAAUUUACAGAUAAGUGCAAAUGCAUUUCCUCUUCAAUUUGUUGACUCUGCUCAUAAAUUUUCUAAUGGCAAGGUAGAAAUGGCUUUAUAGGAAAGGACUAUGAUUGAGUCACAUUUGACAGUAUAUCACCUACAUGGUAAUAGAGAGUUCUGCCAUUCAUCUCCUUCUGCAAAUAGACACAGAUUUUGGCCUUGGUUCUAAUCCUUGACAGCCUUAAAUAGUUGGAUAAUAAAUCUGAACCUAACUUUCCAGUUUUCACCAUAUCCUGCCCUUUUUGCACCAUUUUAUUAGUGAUUG